UGCGUCCCAGAAUUCAAGAUGGCGGGAUCCAGGCUAAGGGGUCCCCAGGCCAGAGCCUUGCCGCUUCUCUGCGCCCUGCUGCUGUCACUCAGUCGCUUCGUCCGGGGCGACGGCAUGGGAGGCGACCCCGCGGCCGCCGGUGCUGCGGACACCCCGGCUGUGAUGCCACAUCGCCGUUUCGAGUACAAAUACAGCUUCAAGGGGCCGCACCUGGUGCAGAGCGAUGGGACCGUGCCCUUCUGGGCCCACGCGGGGAAUGCUAUUGCAAGUUCAGAUCAAAUUCGAAUAGCACCAUCUUUAAAAAGCCAAAGAGGGUCAGUGUGGACAAAGACAAAAGCAGCCUUUGAGAACUGGGAAUUGGAGGUGACAUUUCGAGUGACUGGAAGAGGUCGAAUUGGAGCCGAUGGCCUAGCAGUUUGGUAUACAGAAAAUCAAGGCUUGGAGGGCCCUGUGUUUGGAUCAGCCGAUAUGUGGAAUGGCGUUGGAAUAUUUUUUGAUUCUUUUGACAAUGAUGGAAAGAAAAAUAAUCCUGCUAUAGUUAUCGUAGGCAACAAUGGACAAAUCCAUUAUGACCAUCAAAAUGAUGGUGCCACGCAAGCCCUAGCAAGUUGUCAGAGGGACUUUCGCAAUAAACCCUAUCCUGUUCGGGCAAAGAUUGUAUAUUACCAGAAAACUCUGACAGUAAUGAUCAAUAAUGGCUUUACACCAAAUAGAAAUGAUUAUGAAUUUUGCGCCAAAGUAGAAAAUAUGGUGAUCCCUCCACAAGGGUAUUUUGGAAUAUCUGCUGCAACGGGAGGUCUUGCAGAUGACCAUGAUGUUCUUUCUUUUCUGACUUUCCAAUUGACUGAGCCUGGAAAGGAGCCACCUACACCAGAUAAAGAAAUUUCAGAAAAAGAAAAAGAAAAGUAUCAGGAGGAAUUUGAGCACUUUCAACAAGAAUUGGACAAAAAAAAAGAGGAAUUCCAGAAGGAUCACCCUGACCUUCAGGGACAGCCUGCGGAUGAAAUAUUUGAGAGUGUAGGAGAUCGUGAGCUAAGACAAAUCUUUGAAGGACAGAAUCGUAUUCAUCUUGAAAUCAAGCAGCUGAACCGACAAUUAGAUAUGAUUCUUGAUGAACAGAGAAGAUAUGUCUCUUCCCUGACAGAAGAAAUCUCUAAGAGAGGAUCAGGGAUCCCAGGGCAGCAUGGGCAGAUCACUCAACAAGAAUUGGAUACUGUUGUGAAAACUCAGCAUGAGAUUCUGAGACAAAUAAAUGAAAUGAAGAAUUCCAUGAGUGAAACUGUCAGACUGGUCAGUGGAAUACAGCACCCCAGUUCUGCAGGAGGAGUCUAUGAGACCACACAGCACUUUAUGGACAUCAAGGAGCACCUGCACAUAGUGAAGAGGGACAUAGACAUCUUAGUACAGCGAAAUGUGCCGUCCAAUGAAAGAUCAAAAUGCCCAGAACUACCACCAUUUCCAUCAUGUUUAUCGACGGUUCACUUCAUCGUAUUUGUAAUUGUACAGACACUGCUGUUCAUUGGUUACAUCAUGUAUAGGACUCAGCAAGAAGCAGCUGCCAAAAAAUUCUUUUGACCACCAUUUUCAUGUGUGUACAUCAUGAUCGAGAGUAAUACUGUUUUAUAAAAUAGUACUAUUGAAUUCUUCCAAGCCUUCCCAAGAUUCCUCUCAAAUGUCAUUUACAGAUUGGGCUAAUGACCUAAAAUUUCUAUAAAGACUUCGUGAAGAACUGUGCAGUAUAGCAGUACCUAACUAGCACUGUGUGCGCAAACAGUCUUGGAUUGCUUCUUGUGUAAGUGUUUAUCCUAGAACACAGAAAGAGAAUAACUAAUGACGACUCACUCUACUUCGGUCACUUCAACGUUGAAAAAGUUCCUCUCACAUUUCUCCUUUGUGUUAACAUUUUGAAAUUCAUGUUUCGGAGACAUCAUUCAUCACAGAAUUUACUCAUAUUCCAUGAAAAAAAAAUAACUACCCUCAGAAGAAUAUGUUAUAUACUGUGGAACUUGGGAAAUCCUCUUGAGAUAAAGGCUGCCAAGUCCAGUAUUUUUUAAAGCCCAUGGUUACAUGUGCCUGAACAUUAAAGAAAUACAGGAUCUAUGCAGUAUACACUUUUCAGGUUAGAAUUCAAGGGGAAUUCUUCUGAUUGUUCCUAAUACUAGUGGAGAUGGUUGUUAUGAAAGAGAAUGAGCAUGAAUUUUUUUUCUUAUUAAUUUAACUUGCUUGAAAAUCAGUAAAAUAGUUCAUGUAGGACAUUUAUCUUAUUAUUUGAAAUUUGUUUUCCUCAAAAUCAUCAAGUAGCUCAUUUUUUAACAAAGUGUUUCGGUCGUGGAAAAAUCAAUCACUGCCAGAAUUUUUUCAUUUUUGUACUAUUAUGUAUAAUUGAAUUUAGUCACUUCUCUCACACCAGCAAGUAUUUUACAGGUGCCUUGGAUUAAAACAAAAUUUAUUUAAAAAUUUUAAUGUAAGUUGUUGUGUUUAUGAUGCCACUUUUAAAAAGAAAAUUCAAUUACAUAAUGGCUGAUGCCCUUAUUUAAUAUACUUAUUUGUAUUCCAAUUGUUUGAAUGUUUUAUUCAGCUUGAAACUUUACCAUGAAGUCACAAUAACCAAUGUUCUGUUAUGUGUUAAAGGCAUAUUAGUGUUUCUUAAAGUAUAGUCCAUGGACCAGACUGGGUCAUGGAGUGCUUGUUUAAAAUACAGAUUUCAGGGCCCCAUUCCAAAUCACCUGUAUUAAAACUCAGGGGUGGGAGGGCUUCAGAGUAUCAGUGUUCAACAAGCAUCUCAGAUGAUUCUGAGCACACUAAUGGUUGAGAACCACUAAAAUGGAGAGUGAAAAAUAGGUCUUUUGUUGGCUUAAUGCUGAGUUGAGAGCAUAAUAUUUUUUAUUAUCAAUGAAAUUAUUAGCAAAUGUGCACUGAUUCUUUUAUAUGUAAAAUUUACUUAAUGUUUCUUUUACUAAAAUUCUUGGUUCAUUAGUGACUACAAACUAAAUCCAGGUUAUUACUUGUAGCUCUUGGUACUUUGGUGGCGGCUUAUGUUCAGAUCCUGGUCAAGCCAUGGAAACUCCCAUCUUGAAGCCUGCCAGCUAAAGCCCUUGCUUUCUUGUUGUGAUUGUGCUGAUGUUUCAUCUCAGACAACUGUACUUUUUGAUAACGUGGGGAAAACAGAAAUUACUUGAAUAAGGGAUUGCCUGCCCUGCCACUUUGCAGAGAUGUGGUCUUUGUAAAGAACAUAAAGCAGUUGUGAAUAUUAAGAUGUGAUUAUCUUUCCCUGUCCAUGUAUUUGUCAAAGGGAGAUAGUGAACAAAUUAUUAUAUUGGGGAUUUUUUUUAUUUAUAAGAUCUAGUGUAAAAUCAGCUCUUGCAACUUUUUAGAUCUGUGUGUUGCCUGUUUAAUAUAUUUCUUUUAUGAUAUUACUUAAAAAUUUAAAAGGAUUUUCUAUCCACUGUCAAUUUCAAUUGGAUAACAUUUUGUCAAGUUUGUUUUUUUUUUUCCUGAUUGUUAUUUUAUGCUAGCUGGAAUUUAAAAAAUGACACUGACCUUAUUCAAAUAAAGAAAUAUUUUAGUAGUUUGCUAUUUUCUUCAUUGAUCUCAGGUAAUAAGUAGCUUUUCGUUUUCCAAAUAAGCUCUGAUCUG